AUGGCUGGCUUCAGCCGCGCCAUGUUUAUCAUCUGCCUGGUCGCAGCCUUGAACUGCGCCAGUGUCGGUUAUGACUCCAGUAUGAUGUCUUCUAUCAAUAUCUUGAGCUCGUUUCAGAUUAAAUUCGGCAUAGAUGCGCAUAUGAAGGGGCUCUUGACCGCCGUUCAGAACUUAGGCGGAAUCGCAGGUGGCUUCUUUGCUGGCCACAUUGUUGAUCGCUGGGGUCGAAAGGGAGGUAUCUUGGCCGCUGCAGUCAUCGUCCUGAUUGCCACAGCUAUCCAUGCCACGUCAACCACGCUGCCUCAGUUCUUUGUCGGCCGCAUCCUAGUCGGGAUCGCAAAGUCGGUCGACAUCGCCGCCGUUCCUACCUACCUCGCCGAACUUGCGCCACCGGGCAAGCGUGGCUUGGUCGGCGGCUUGUACUGGACUUGCUGGCUCUUGGGUGCCAUAAUAUCCUCCGCCGUAGGCUACGCAGCACGGGGUGUUGGUGGCGACUGGAGCUGGCGCAUCAUCUGUAUCGCCAUGGCCGGACCUGCCCUUGGGUGCAUUGCCACUCUGCCAUUCAUCCCGGAGUCGCCACGAUGGAUGAUCUCACGAGGUCGCGAAGCCGAGGCGCUCGCCGUCUUGGCCCGUUUUCACGGCGGUGGCGACGAAAAUGACCCACUGGUUGUUGGCGAGUUCCGCGAGAUCAAAGAGACCAUUCAAUUUGAGCAAGAGAAUCAGUAUACUUCGUUCAGGUCGUGGUGGAAAGAUUUCAAGAGUUCAAAGGCAAACCUGUACCGAGGUUUUAUCUUGAUUACCCUGGGGGUAUUCGAGCAAACUGUCGGCUCCAGCAUCAUUACAUUCUAUCUCAGCAGUGUUCUGAAGCUAGCUAACGUAACCUCGGAAAAGGAGCAAUUUGCCAUAAACCUUGGCCAAUACGCGGUAGCCUUCGCCGCCGCGCUCACAGGUAUUUGCCUUGUCGAUCGACUGGGCCGUGUCCCGAUGCUCGUGGGUGGCACGGCGGCGUGCGCAGCUAUCUUGGCGGCCAUGGCAGGUCUGACGGCCAAAGCCACGGGGUUGGUCGCUGGUCAGAACGCCAUAAUUGCCAUGGUCUUCCUGUUCCAGAUUGCCUACUCUUCGACCUGGACGCCUCUUUCCUUCUCAUACUGUGCAGAGAUCCUGAACUUUACCAUCCGGGCCAAGGGUAUGGCAUUCUACAGCAUAUUUGUCUCUUCCACCGGGUUCUUCAAUCAAUACGUCAUACCUGUCGGUCUUGCAGAUAUUGGAUGGAGAUUCUAUAUCGUGGGUGUUGUGUGGAACACUUUCAUAGCUGUCGUAAUUUUCUUCACCUACAUUGAGACCAAGUCUCUCACCCUCGAACAGAUCGACCAGCGAUUCAACGGGGUACCUGCCGAUCACUUAGUCGAUGUCAUUGAGGCCUAUGACGGCGGGAAACCCAUCUCCGAGUUAGAGGUAUCGGGCAAAAAGGGUGACGGGGACGGCAUUACCGGAGGCAGAAAUUCCAAGGCCCAAGGCGAGGCAUGA